AUGACAGGAAGGAACCAAACUAUAAUCUCAGAAUUCCUCAUUUUGGGCCUGCCCAUCCAGCCAGAGCAAAAAAACAUGUUCUAUGCCCUGUUGCUGACCAUGUAUCUCACCACCAUCCUGGGGAACCUUCUUAUCAUUGUCCUCAUUCGACUGGACUCCCAUCUCCACACGCCCAUGUAUUUGUUUCUCAGCAACUUGUCCUUCUCUGACGUCUGCUUUUCCUCAGUCACAAUGCCCAAACUGCUGCAGAUCAUGCAGAGCCAAGUCCCAUCCAUCUCUUACGCAGCCUGCCUGACCCAAAUGUACUUCUUCCUGUUUUUUGCAGACCUGGAGAGCUUCCUCCUCGUGGCCAUGGCCUACGACCGCUAUGUGGCCAUCUGCUUCCCCCUGCACUACACCGCCAUCAUGAGCCCCAGUCUCUGUCUCUGCCUGGUGGUGCUGUCCUGGGUGCUGACCACGUUCCAUGCCUUGUUGCACACUCUGCUCACAGCCAGAUUGUCUUUUUGUGCAGACAACGUGAUCCCCCACUUUUUCUGUGAUAUGUCUGCUCUGCUGAAGCUGGCCUGCUCUGACACUCGAGUUAAUGAGUUGGUGAUAUUUAUCAUGGGAGGUCUCAUUCUCGUCAUCCCAUUCUUACUCAUCAUUGUGUCCUACGCACAAAUUGUCACCUCCAUCCUCAAGGUCCCUUCUGCUAGGGGUAUCCAUAAGGCCUUCUCCACCUGUGGCUCCCACCUCUCUGUGGUGUCCCUGUUCUAUGGGACGGUUAUAGGUCUCUACUUAUACCCAUCAGCUAACAAUUCUACUGUGAAGGAGACUGUCAUGGCUAUGAUGUACACUGUGGUGACCCCCAUGCUGAACCCCUUCAUCUACAGUCUGCGGAACAGAGACAUGAAGGGAGCUCUGGGAAGAGUCAUUUGUAAAAGGAAAAUCUCCUUCUGUCUAUGA